AUGGGAGGUUUUAUCUGUUUGGUUGUUGCCUUUCCCCUCUUUUUUCUAAUAUUGCACCUUUCUCUUCUCUCAACUAGAGCAGAAAACCAGUUCUCAAAUUGUGCUGAUCAGGACCAAUUCUGCGGGAAUUUAAACAUCAGUUAUCCCUUCUUCAACUACAACUGGGGCUGUGGAUUAGAACGCCUUUACUGUACAAAUGUUUCCUUUCCAGUUAUCCAUUCAGAAAGUAAUACUUAUGAGAUUCAAAGCAUCGACUACACCAAGAACACUGUAUUAGCUCAUUACCUGAGGUUCACCCAACCAGACUUGCUCACCAACAAUGACAAAUGCAACUUCCUAUUCAACAAUUUUACUACUACGCCACCCAUUUUCCAUCUACUUUCAGCUCAAGUGAUAAGCCCUAAUAUUACACUAAGAGUAUGUAAGCCUUUUGGUGUCAAAAAUGAUUUUUGCAAAGUUGAGGUCCUAAUACCAGAUGUAACAGUAGAUGCACCUUCACCUCUACCCAGUACUGUCAAUUAUAGCUCUUCAAGUGACUGCAAAGUGGUUUAUCUUCCUGUGGAUCUUCCAGCUUCAACAUUCCAUGGGCUGGUUGAUCCUGUCUCGCAAUUAUUCGCAGUUGGGUUUCGUGUUCGCUGGAGCCUUCCCAAACUAUGUCAUCAGUGUGACCAGAAUGGAACCUCAUGUGUCCGCUAUGACGAUGAAAGUUUGUUUUGUUCCAAUCCUGAAGUUAAAUUGAAUUCAGAAAAAGAGAACAAGAGCCAAACAAAGAUAAUUGGAAUGGGUAUUGCUGCAGGAGUUGCGGGUGGAAUCCUUUUGACAAGCUUAAUUUUCUUCAUGAUCUACAAACACCGACACCGGACUGGACAUAUUAUUGGAGUUCACAGCUUCUCCAUGAACACAGAUCUAGAAAAGUCCAGCACCCACUUUGGAGUCCCCAUCUUCUCCUAUGCUGAGCUCGAAGAAGCCACCAAUAAUUUCAAUUCUAUUAAUGAACUCGGGGAUGGUGCUUCUGGUACUGUAUACCAUGGUAAGCUCCAAGAUGGACGUGUUGUUGCAAUCAAGCGGCUUUACCAUAACGGCUACAAACAUGUUGAGAGGUUCAUGAAUGAAAUCAAGAUCCUCACUUGUUUACGCCAUCAAAAUCUUGUCAAUCUUUAUGGGUGCACUUCAUACCGUAGCCGUGAACUCCUCCUUGUUUAUGAGUUCAUUCCGAACGGCACUGUUGCUGAUCAUCUCCAUGGUGAUAGAAGGAUGGUUGGAGGAUCACUCACAUGGCCUGUUCGCAUGAGUAUCGCCAUAGAAACUGCAAGUGCACUGUCCUACCUCCACGCUUUUGAUAUCAUACACCGUGAUGUCAAAACAAGCAAUAUCCUCCUUGACGACCAUUUCCAAGUCAAAGUUGCAGAUUUUGGGCUAUGCCGUUUGAUCCCUACUGAUGCCUCCCAUGUCUCCACUGCUCCUCAGGGGACUCCAGGUUAUGUUGACCCCGAGUAUCACCAAUGCUACCAGCUUACAGACAAGAGUGAUGUUUAUAGCUUUGGGGUGGUCUUGAUUGAGCUCAUAUCAUCUAAGCCUGCUGUAGAUAUCACUAGACAUCGAGAUGAGAUUAAUUUGGCAAAGAUGGCAUUGAACAAGAUCCAAAAUGGAGCUUUGCGUGAGUUGGUUGACCCAUGCCUUGGGUUUGAUUUGGAUUGCACAACAAGGGGGAUGGUAACAUUGGUUGCAGAGUUAGCAUUUCGUUGUCUCCAACAUGAGAAGGAACUGAGACCUUCCAUGGACGAGGUAUUGGAAAUUUUAGUGGCAACUGGGGGUGAGGAAUACAAGGUGGAUAACUGA